CAAGUGGCGGAGUAGCACCAACACGCUCAGUAGAAAUCUUGAACUCCGAUAUACGCUCUGAAAUCUUGUCGGUCUUGAUAUAUUACGUCCACUAGUGUGUGUUUGUGUGUGUCAAGUCGGUGCUGUAUGUGCGCGCUGAUAGGAAUCCUGUGAUAUUGCGGUUUUAUCCCUGCACAAACGGUUCUCUCUGUUCAGCGGAAUAAGGCAACGCUAGAACCACAAUGUUGAAAACUGAGAGCGUGCACAAACUGAUGCCGUCUGAAGUGUGCGACAAGAUCAAGACGGAGGUCAUGGGACAGCAGCACCUGAGCGCCACGUCGGAAGGAGUCGAACCCACUGUAACUCUGGAGGAUCGGGAACUUUGGACCCGCUUCCAGGCUCUCACCAACGAGAUGAUUGUUACCAAGUCCGGCCGGAAUAUGUUCCCUGUGGUGAAGGUGUCUGUGGGGGACCUCGAGCCUUCGGCCAUGUACUCCAUAUUUCUCGACUUUGUCCAGGUCGACUCCCACAGGUGGAAGUACGUGAAUGGGGAAUGGGUUCCUGGGGGCAAGCCCGAGAUGGCCCCGCCGUCAGCCGUCUACAUGCACUCCGACUCCCCGAACUUCGGCAGCCACUGGAUGAAGGACCCCGUCUCCUUCAUCAAGGUCAAGCUGACCAACAAGUCCAACGGCAACGGCCAGAUUAUGCUCAACAGCCUGCACAAGUACGAGCCCCGCUUGCGGGUGGUGCAGGUGGUCCAGGUGGAUAAGGAGCAGCAGCAGCGGAUAAUCUCCUGCCACACCUUCCCUGAGUGCCAGUUCAUCGCUGUCACCGCCUACCAGAACGAGGAGGUUAAGCAGCUAAAGAUCAAGUACAACCCCUUCGCUAAGGCGUUCCUGGACCCGAAGGAGCGGCCAGACCUCCACGGGCAGCGGGACAUGAUGGCCGCCUACCCCCAACACCACCACCAGCAGUAUGGAUGGUACAUGGGAGGCGGGGCAGGGAUGUGCAGCGGGGGUGUGGCCUACGGACAGGCUCCGCCCUCAGGGGUGGGGCUCGCUCCGCCCCCCGUCACGCUCUCCUCCCGCAUUGCUGUCAACAUGAGGAAUCACCGGGUGGUCCCCUACACCUCCCCCACCCCCAGGACCUCCAGGACCCCGCCUGUGAGCGGCAUGUCUCAGCAGCAGCCUUGCGUUAGCAGCUACGGCCUGGCUGGGCUGACAGCGGAGUGGAGGCAGCAGUCGUGGGGGCACCAUCAUCACCAACCCUCCGUUACCGUCACGCCUUCCACCGCUGUCACCCCCGCACACUACCAGUGGUCGGGUCUUCAGAGCGGCUACGCCCACCCAUCUCACCACAGCACAGGCUUCUACCAGGGAUACCAGCAGUGUGGAGCCCCGGGAAUAGGUCUCGGCAACGCCUCAACGUGUGCAGCCCCUUCACACAACGCCUACCAUGCCCAGCGCUCCCCACAAGAGGCUCUCACGCCUAUGGCUACUUACUCCGAUACCUCCACUAGCCAGGGUUUCACAACCAGCCGUUCAUCUCCCGCAUACGAGUCAGUGCACGUUCUGGGCACCAAUGCGGGGAUUUACAGCGCUGGUCGCCUUCACGAAGACUCCUCCGAUCAUCACAGCACCGGGGACGGAUCUCCACAGUCGGUCGGGUCUCUAUCUCUCAGCCACACUACCCAGGCUGACAUGUUCAUCCUACCCGACCUUGGCUAUCAUAGUGGCCUCACUGCCCCCCACACUGACAUGACGCGCAUCAAAGGAGAAAACCUCAGCGCCUACAGCAGCGCCUCACCACACGGGUGGAGUCCGCUCUCCCCACCCUAAAUGUAAGAUUCCACAGCACACCUGUUUCCUGCUCAAGUUCCCAAAGUAGCAUUUAAUUUGAACUCUCGCAUCUAAGACCUAGGCGGGUGAGUCGCCCAUUUAAGACUUAGGUGGGUGAGUCACCCACUUAAGACCUAGGUGUGAGAGAUGCCCAUGCAAGACUUAGGUUUGUGAGCCAAACAUUCAAGGCCUGGGUAAACAGACCUUAUAUAUUUAGGUGGUCGAGCCACCCAUUCAUUACCUGAGUAUAACAACAAUUAUUAAGGUGGGGAAGGCAAUCAUCCAUUACCUGGGUGACUACACCAUUAAUUACUGAAGUGGGCGAGCCAAUCAUUCAUUACCUACAUAAGAAAACUGCCAUUUAUUUAGCUGGAUAAGUCACUCAUUCAAGAUCUAGGUAAACAAACAAUUAAUUGUUGAUAUGGAUGAGUCGCCCAGUUAUGCAGGUAGAUGUGCUACUCAUCCAAGAUCAAGGUGGGUGAUUCCCUUUCCCCCACACCAACAAUUAAGUUGGUGAACCAACAUCCAGGCUGCCACUUGCGGGCCGUUUCUCCAUUCUCGAACUUGUCCCUUCAGU